GACCAUGGGAGAGAAGAAAUGUCCCGUGUACUUCCUGCACUUGCCGCGACUCCAAUCUUCUUACAGCUUAUCUCAGCUGUCUGGUAUCCUCGUUGUCUUUUCGCAUUUUCGACAUAGAUUGGACAUGAGAAGGUCAUAAGAGCGUCAAGUCCUUGGUUUGUUACCGCUUUUGCCCUUCCUUCACCGCGCCGCCGAGGAAGUCCGUCAUUGUGCACAAUUGCCGACCAGGAUUGCGAUAGCCCUCGAGCAAGUUCUUGGUUCCCCAUACAUUCGCUUCACUUGUAACAGAGGCAGCGAAGAAAUCAAGAGAUGGCGGUAGUUUCAAAAGAGGCACCCAUGCCUCCAUGGGGUUAUGCGGUCGCCGGAGCGUUUGGUGCCGUGCUCGCAAACACUUUGGUGUACCCUCUGGAUCUUGUCAAGACGCGAUUACAGGUUCAGAUCAAGAAGAAGCAGGCCGAUGUAGCGAAGAACCCCGCUGAUCAUGAACACUACCACUCGACAUGGGACGCCAUCUCCAAAAUCACAAAACAUGAAGGUCUGAGCGGUCUGUACAGUGGAAUGGCUGGCAGUCUGGUUGGUGUUGCUUCAACCAACUUCGCAUAUUUCUACUGGUACACCGUCGUGCGGACAUUCUAUCUUGCCCGGCCCGGUGUCAAGGCCCCCCUCAGCACUGCCGCUGAGCUCUCUCUCGGAGCCAUUGCAGGCGCUCUCGCUCAGCUUUUCACCAUUCCAGUUGCCGUCAUCACUACGAGGCAACAGACCCAGCCGAAGGGCGAGCGGAAGGGUAUGUUUGCCACUGCCAAGGAAGUCAUCGACAGCGAGGAUGGAUGGACCGGUCUCUGGAGAGGCCUAAAGGCUAGCUUGGUUCUUGUCGUCAACCCGUCCAUCACGUAUGGCGCCUACCAGAGACUACGCGAGAUCAUGUUCAAGGACAAGAAGGUCCUGAGGCCAUGGGAGGCAUUCAUGCUCGGUGCCAUGUCGAAAGCGCUCGCCACGAUUGCUACUCAGCCCUUGAUUGUUGCCAAGGUCGGCCUUCAGUCGAGACCACCGCCAGCCCGCGAAGGCAAGCCAUUCAAGUCAUUCAUCGAAGUCAUGGCAUACAUUGUUGAACACGAGGGCCCUCUCAGUCUGUUUAAGGGAAUCGGCCCACAGCUCAUGAAGGGCUUACUUGUUCAAGGCAUCUUAAUGAUGACCAAGGAAAGGACCGAGCUGCUGUUCAUUCUCCUUUUCCGUGCAUUAAGGGAAUUGCGAAACGAUAAGCUCAAGAAGUUGGCCGAGGCAACGGCUGCGAAGGCGAAGGCUGCUUCACCUGCUCUCGUAAAGUAGACAAGAGAAAAGGUCAUUUGCGGGUUUUUUCUUUAGAGAAGAUGUCGGCUCGCGAAGAAGCAUAUGAAAAAAAAAAGAGGCUAAGGAGACCGAGGACAUUUUUUCAUUACGUGUAUACUUCUCUGCAUGAAUACAUCCUGGGGAUUUUUUGGCUUUGCCUGUUUGUAUGUGUGUGAAUAUGCAAGUGAUGCGUAUGUACACCAGGCGCUUAGAGGGGUCCGUCUGGAUUUACAGCAAUAGAUAACAAUGCUGAGGCGCUUUGAGACUAGUCAUGGCUGCGCUACCUCGCUUUGCUUAGUCAGUUCAAGUCUUCAAGUGCAAUCAUUGUAGA